GCUGCGGAUCGGCGACCUGGCGCCCAGGACUCCAGGUCCUCCAGCGGGGCUCGGCAUGCGGCUGGUGCGGCUGCUGCGGGGCGCCGCCUCGGCCGGCCCGGGCCCCGGGCUGCGCGCCCCCCGGCCCAGAGCCAGCCGCAGCCUCACCUCGGACUCGGGCUCCGGCCCUGCGGCUGAACGCAGCGUUCCGGGCCAAGUGGACUUCUAUGCGCGCUUCUCGCCGUCCCCGCUCUCCAUGAAGCAGUUCCUAGACUUCGGAUCUGUGGAUGCUUGUGAAAAGACCUCAUUUAUGUUUCUGCGGCAAGAGUUGCCUGUUAGAUUGGCAAACAUAAUGAAAGAAAUAAGUCUCCUUCCGGAUAAUCUUCUCAGGACGCCAUCAGUUCAAUUGGUACAAAGCUGGUAUAUCCAGAGUCUUCAGGAGCUUCUUGAUUUUAAGGACAAAAGUGCUGAAGAUGCUAAAGCUAUUUCUGACUUUACAGAUACUGUGAUACGGAUCAGGAACCGACACAAUGACGUCAUUCCCACGAUGGCCCAGGGUGUGGUUGAGUAUAAGGAGAGCUUCGGGGUGGAUCCUGUCACCAGCCAGAAUGUUCAGUACUUUUUGGAUCGUUUCUACAUGAGUCGUAUCUCAAUUAGAAUGUUACUCAAUCAACACUCUUUAUUGUUUGGUGGGAAAGGCAAAGGAAGUCCAUCUCAUCGAAAACACAUUGGAAGCAUAAAUCCAAACUGUAACGUAGUUGAAGUUAUUAAAGAUGGCUAUGAAAAUGCUAGGCGCCUAUGUGAUUUAUAUUACAUUAACUCUCCUGAAUUGGAACUUCAAGAACUAAAUGCAAAAUCACCAGGACAACCAAUACAAGUGGUUUAUGUACCAUCCCAUCUCUAUCACAUGGUGUUUGAACUUUUCAAGAAUGCAAUGAGAGCAACUAUGGAAUACCAUGCCGACAAAGGUGUUUACCCACCUAUUCAAGUUCACAUCACACUAGGUAACGAGGAUUUGACUGUGAAGAUGAGUGAUCGUGGAGGUGGUGUCCCUCUGAGGAAAAUUGACAGACUCUUCAACUACAUGUAUUCAACUGCACCCCGGCCUCGUAUUGAGACGUCCCGAGCGGUGCCCCUGGCUGGUUUUGGUUAUGGAUUGCCCAUAUCUCGUCUUUAUGCACAGUACUUCCAAGGAGACCUAAAGCUGUAUUCCCUCGAGGGCUAUGGGACAGAUGCAGUUAUCUACAUUAAGGCUCUGUCAACAGAAUCAAUAGAAAGACUCCCAGUGUACAACAAAGCUGCCUGGAAGCAUUACAACACCAACCACGAGGCUGAUGACUGGUGCGUCCCAAGCAGAGAACCGAAAGACAUGACAACGUUCCGCAGUGCCUAGAUACACUUGAGACACUUGGAAAAUCCAAACAUGGAUUUUGUACAAAAUUUGGAAGGGAUGGUGUUCAAAACUGCAUUCGACCAAAUACUUCACAUGUCGUUUUCAUAAUUAACUGUUUGGGUAGAAUAAAUGGAAACCAAAUUCCGUUCAUGCCCGUUAAACUUCCUAAAGGAUGAAAUUGUGCCUAUGUUACACUUAAAUUUUCACAGUUAGUUGAGCAUAUUUUUAAACAACUGUGUUUGGGUCCACUUUCCUCUUUAUGGUUGACUUCAGAAGCAUGGAAGUUUUUGGGUUUCUACAGGAAGCUAUGUAGUUUUUUAAAAAUACUUUUUAUGUAUGUCUGCUAGAAACAUUUUCUUAAUAAAACUGACUAGCUAUCUAUGUUUCUGUGAUUUGGAGGAGUUCUGCCAGUGACAACCAUAAUAAGAUGGUCUUUAUGAACCAGUGACUGACUACAGGUAGAGCAGAACACAGGUGCCCAGUGAGUGUAGAACCUGCUACCUUUCAGCAUCUGCACACAUUGUCUUAGCUUUGAGGUUACAUUAUCAUUUCAAAAAUUUUCUUGCAAAAAAUAGUAAUGAGUAGUUCUGUGGGUCUAAGCCAAGGUCACAGGCAGUCUACUUCCAAUGUGCAUGUGGUUAAUGCAAGGGGACAUUUUAAUCUCAAAACCAAGGAAACUAGCAACUACUAAUCUAGAGACGCUGUGGAGGACAAAGCCGUGAAUCCCAAAUGAAUUGGUUAUGGAAAUUACUUGCGGGAGCUUUUGAGAAACAGUUUUUUCCAGAUCCUACCCCAGGCAUACUGAAUCAGAGUCUGUAGGGCUGGAACCUGGGAAUCUCAAGUUUUAAAAAGCUUCCUAGGUGAGCCUGAUGCCUAGCUUAGUUAGGAAACCACCCUUCUAAAGUGCAUAGUGAUGCCACAUUCACUAAAGUAACAGUUGUUUGAGUUUUGGUUUCUGCCUAUUUACAGGUCAGAUUUCUAGACUAUAGGAGAAAGAACCUGAAUCUCAGGCCUGGUGCAAUUAAAAGAUAUAGCAUCAAAUUAGAAGGAGAACAAAAUAACUGUAGGAGAAUAGUCAGAUAACUGAAGAAUCAGAACCAUAAAUGCAUAAGUCCUGACAUAAGAACAUAUAUUUUAUCAAAAUAUCCAGGCUCAGUUAACAGGAAAAAGUCAACUUAGGUUCAUCACAACAAUCCUUUACAUUUGUAUGGUAAUUUAUAGUUUCCAAAUACUUUGAUAUAUAAUAACUCUAUUGGUCUUCAAAACAGUGAGAAUCAGAGCAGGUGGUAUCAUCCUCCUUUUAAGACUCACAGUUUGGCCCAGAGUUGCAAGGAAUUUGAGCUAGGGCCCAAGCCAUGUCUGAGGACCACUCGAUCAGCUGCAAAGUCUGGGAGACUGUGACAUUAGGAGACUGUUUUUAGUCAUACCUCAUCUUCUUUUAAGUGACAGGGAAAUACAUUUAAAAGUUUGAAUAAUGUUUAAAGUACAGCUGCCACUUAAAUGGGAAAGCUUUAUUUAUCUGUGAAAUUCAUUAAGUUGGAACACCUCAUUCUCAAAAAAGAUUAUGUAAAACUUGACAAAUCUAUGUAUACAUUUGUAGGAUGGAGUAGAUGUGGAAGGGCAGUUAGUUGGUCCAGUGCCCUCAUUUGAUAGAUGGGGAUCCUGAGACGGUGGGUUAUGUUGCUUGCCUGGGGCAUUUUAGCUAGUCUGACCAAAUGCUGGAAAAAGGGAUCUUACAUAACCUAUUGUUUCUUAAUUGUGGAUUUUGUGAAAAAUAAUAGAAUAUGUUAAUCGGUGAUUUGUAGUAGUUUAAUGUGUUUCUGUUUUUUAACUUUAAAUUACACUUGUAUUGACAAUAUUUUAGAAUCCUUUGAAUCAAAGUAUUCACUUUUUUCAUAAAUGAGACAUUUGUAUAACUGACAAAAUUGAGGUUUUUACUUAUGAAACACUCCCUCUCCCCCAAGAAUUAAGAAAAAAUUUUCCUCUUUAUUAAGAGCUAAGGAAUGGUAUUUUCAAAGGAAAAGUGUUUCCUUUGACUUCUUUUUAAGGUAUAAUGACUUGUUACUUUGUUAUUGUGGUAAUGGACAGAAGAUUACACACAAAAUAUUUAGGGGGAGCUUUCUCCUAGUUGAUUUUAAAUCAUUGUGGUACCUGAAAAGAUUUUUACAUUUUUAAGUGAGCCGUUUUCUUCACCAGCAUUAAUCAAUGCAGUAUAGAUAUAAAAAUGUAUCAAAGGAUAAGAAAUGGAUACUAAGUGAUUUUUAUAAUCUCAGCAGUUAAUGUAUAUGCCAACGUUUUUUGGGAGUGGAUAGCAAACACUUUCUGCCCUAUAUAAACUUAAAAUACCAUCUGACUUUAGCUGUCUUCACACUUAACACUGAUCACUUUCUUGCACUGAAAUUUUUACAUGAAGAUGUUGAAAUGGAAGUCCACUAUGUUAUUUUAUAAAAUGUUUUCUGUAUGACAAUAAACUGAAAACAUGGAUCAAUCCUUAGUUUGAAAAUAAAUUGGAUAAAUUUUGGUUUUUUAAAAAUACAUCUUUUAAAUAAAAGUCUCUUCUAUC